UUUAGUUUAACUUAUUUUGAUUUGAGGAGUAUUAAUCUAUAAAAACCAAUAAAAAAUCCAAAAGUAAUCGCUGAGUUCUAUCGAUGAAUAUAUAUUUCAAAAGCAUCGAUAAAAGUAAACACCAUAUGGCGAAACAAUUACCUCUAAUCGCAUAAUCAAGUUAUUAUUUAUGCAAUAAAUAUAUUUUGUGCACGCUUCAUAACCGGCGAAAUGCAGCGAAUAUUACAGAAAACACGUAGCUACUGCACAGUUUUAAAAGAAGUGAAUAAAAAUCAAAAAUUUGACAAACCGAAGGAAAACAAGUUGAACUUUAAGGAACUAAAAUAUCCAUCGAAAGUUCCAAGUAAGCCAAUAAAACAAAAUUUUCCGACAGGUGAAAAACCUGUAAUAGAUAACGCAACUAUACAACUCCUUGAGCGUCUUGCUUUGGUUAAUUUGGAAAGUAAGGAAGCUUUAACUACGUUGGAAAAAAGUAUUGAAUUUGCGGAAAAAAUAUCACACAUCGAUACAAGCAACGUAUUGCCAUUAUAUACCGUGUUGGAGGAUCAAAACUUAUAUUUACGCGAAGAUUCCGUAACAGAAGGAAACUGCAGAGAAGAUAUCCUACGUAGUGCAAAAGUUACUGAGGAAGAUUAUUUUGUCUCUCCACCCGGCAAUAUUCCACUACAACAAAAAGAAAAGGAUUUUACUGAUAAUUAAACGCGGCGAAUAUGAAGC